AUGUCAAUAGAGAACAUGAGCGGAGAAUCGCCAAUCAACCACCAAUCGCUUACUGAAGCAAGUGUUGGCGAGAGAGAAGUGAAAACGAAAAAUGAAAGGAUGAUACGCCAGACAAAACUUUUGAAGGAUACUUUGGAUUUAUUGUGGAAUAAAACUUUAGAACAACAAGAGGUCUGUGGGCAACUUAAGCAGGAAAAUGACUACCUGGAAGAUUAUAUUGGCAAUUUGAUGAAAUCUAGUAACGUGCUAGAAAAAUAG